AUGUUUCACUCUCGUUUCCUGAAGGUGAAGGUAAAGUCUGAAGUGAUCUUUCUGAGUCUUGUUUCAACGCCAAGAUUUUCCAUCAACUCCAUGAAUUCCUCAUCUUAUAACUACAAUGUGUCAAGCAGUCAGAUUUAUCGAGUCAAUUCGAGCCAAACUGCAACCGGAAGUGUGAUCGCUGUGACUCUGGGCUUCAUCAUCAACUACAUCAAUGGCACACUGAUUCAUACCUUCAGAAAACACAGGAUAUUUUACACAAAUCCUCGUUACAUCCUGUUCAUCCAUCUGGUAGUGAAUGAUAUGAUCCAACUAACCACAUCAAUCACCCUGCUUGUUUUAAACAAUAUUUUCUAUAAAAUGAAUGCAUCUCUCUGUUUACCCAUUAUUGUUGCUGCUGUUAUUACUACCAUGAACACUCCAUUAAAUUUAGCUGUAAUGGCUGUGGAGUGCUACAUUGCUGUAUGUUUCCCUUUACGACAUGCUGAGCUCUGCACCAUCAAACGAACAAAUAUUCUAAUUGGCUGUAUUUGGGCUUUGAGCUCAGUGACAAUUGUGCCUGAUAUAUUUUUUUAUCUUGCAGCAGAUCCCCUCUGGUUCUUUUAUUCUAUAGCAACUUGUGAAAGGGAUAAUAUGUUCCAACAUACAGUAAGUUUACAAAAGAGGACAAUAACAUAUAUAACAUUUUUAACUAUAGUUUGGUUCACCCUCUUAUUUACGUAUUUUAAGAUUUUCUUUGCUGCUCAAGCAGCUAAUUCAGUUGAUGGAAAUGCAAAGAAGGCCAGAAAUACUAUCCUGCUUCAUGGUUUUCAGCUUCUGUUGUGUAUGCUAACGUAUGUGGCACCUGAGGUAAAAAAUUAUAUUUCGUUUCUCCCCAAGUAUGUAUCAGAAGUACGUUUUUUUUGGUACAUCUUUGUCUACAUUCUUCCCAGAUUUAUCAGUCCUAUUGUAUACGGGCUUAGAGACAAGACAUUUAAACUGUAUUUAAAAAAAAAUCUGCUGUUUAACAGAGUAGGAAACAAACCUUAUUCUCAAGGCAACUUCUAGCUUUCAGUUGGUGUGAAAGUCAAUGUUCUUAAAUGGCUUAAAUGGUUUUUAUUUGGACCUGAGAGGAAUUGCCUCCCUCCACUUAAGGUGCCACCUCUUGGAUGUGGGGUACAUUAAACUACUUAGCAGAAAGAUA